AUGGAUCAGCCAUUUGUGGCACCGUUCCCCAACCCGGAGCCGUAUUCGACUCCAGGUUCACGCGCAGACCUUUACUUGAAGCUGGUCUUUUCUUGUAUUGGAAAUCUCGUCUGUCUCGUCCCAAUGCGAAAUCUCUACCGUCAUGGCGAAUUUGCCGCUGUCCUCUUCAUUAUCAUUGUGGAAAUCCGCAACAUUCAAACCUUCAUCUAUGGCCUGCUCUGGCCAACCAACAACAUGGACGGCUGGUGGCUAGGCUGGGGCCUUUGCGACAUACACCCUUUCAUCUAUAACGCCUCCAUUGGGCUUUUUGCUACAUGUCUGCUGGCAAUCAUGAGAAAUUUAGCCCAUCAAGUUGGCUUGCUACGAGUCAACCCACUUACUGUCAAGGAACGUCGGCGCAAGAAUGUCAUCCAGGCCCUCAUUAUCUUCCCGCUGCCCAUCAUUAUGCUGGCCUUUACUUGGCCGCUGACAUCUCAGCGAUACGUCAUAGCGGGUGGCAUGGGAUGCAUGUGGACAUUGGUCCCAGCUUGGCCUGCCAUCGUUUUCUUUGCUCUUGGACCAGUCGUUGUGGCAACAAUCACGGUCUUUUACGCUCUACUUACUUUUUUCCGAUUCAGACAAGUUGCGAAACUUACACAAUCAACUCUCGGGAGUAAUCGCGAAGCCACCCUCCGCAGUCAGAGAACCAAACGAAGACUAUAUCUCAUGGUCGCCUCUAUUCUCGUACCUGUAUUCCCCGUGAUGGUAGCUUGGGGUGUUUACAACUGCAUCAGUAUGCUUCCUCUCCAACUAUUUGAUUACAACGAGAUACAUCGAACUCCUGGAUCCAUGGCCGCCAAGCUCCAACCGUUUGACUGGAACACGCCUGUCCUUGUCCCUUCAAACCAAGUCAACUGGGAAGAAUUCGAAGCCAGCUGGAUCACAAUCUUUACCACCCUUCCCAUCUUUGUAUUUUUUGGAAUGACCAAGGACGCUCUUAAUGAUUACAGAAAGAUUAGUCUUGUCUUCGGCGCCGGUCGUAUCUGGUCAAAGCUCUACGAAGAAUACGAUCCCGACCGUGUUUCAUCACCCUCUCGCUCUGGAUCCUCAGGCACAUUCACCUUCAGCACAACUGCAGUUGACACUAGUCCAUCCAAACGAUCAAAACUCUCUCAAGUAUUCACCAAGUCGUCCAGACCAGCGAAUACAACCACAGUAUCUGUGACCGCCUGUGAUGAUGGCCAGUUGGGCAACUUGACAUUUAUUACUUCCAAUGAGAUGGAGCAAGGACAUCUUUCGGCGACUCCAUCAGCAGAGGAAAUGCCACGACCUCCUCCUAUGGCAAUGCGUACCCGCCGAUUUUUACCAUUUGCAUUUCUGCUGAGACCAACACUUUCAACUACAAGUUCGACACGUGAAAGACAACCCGACAUGGAUGAGGUACACAAUUGGUCUUCAGUACCGAGCUGGCUGCAAUCGCAAAGCCGCCGUGCAUCGCCUCCGCAUCCUCCACCACCCAACACAGGGUCCAUGGCAUAAUGGUCAACAGCGUGGAUGUGCUCUUUUGAUGAUAGUACUGCAAUCCGUAUUUGACAGAGCUA